GAUGAGCUCAGCGGAAGUUUCUAUUGGCCUUUCCCCUCCCGCUGCGCCACGCCCAUUCGAACGUCCCAGGCCGUGCGGGGUCCCCAUUGGCUGAGACGCGUCCUUUUUCUCUGUUUGCCCCUUCGCUCCGCCCCUUUGGAACGUCCAGAGUCUCGCUGGGGCUUCGCUCUGGAGCUGAAUGGGGUCGUCUUUUCUUCGGCUUUCUUGGAACACCAAAACCGGGGAAGGGAUGAAGAAGCUGACAAGAGCUUGAGCUGUUUCAAGGAGCUGACUGCGUGGCUGUUUUAAGAAGAGGAGUACUGACCUCCCCUCUCUCCCACAUUGAGAAGAAGAGGACAAGCUGAGCAGCCUCAGCAAGGAGCCGGAUUCGAAACACGACUUGGGAAUGAUGGCGGAGCCCUUUGGACACGAUACCAAGCUGGGGCAUUUGGUGUGGGAACCCUAUGCCCAAGCUGUGCCACUCCGCUCCAUCACGGGCUUAGAGGUGAAGCUUGGCUCGCUGGCUCUGUUGCUGGUGGUGACCCUCGUAUGUGGGUUUCUUCCCCUGUGGAUCUUACGGCGGCCAGGAACGACCACCGGCUCAACGGCUCUCCGAAGGAAAAUCCUAAGCCUGAUCAGUUGUUUUGCUGGCGGUGUCUUCCUUGCGACAUGCCUCCUGGAUUUGAUCCCCGAUUAUCUUGCUGGCAUUAAUGAAGCCCUGGAUGAACUGAGAGUCACGCUCCAUUUCCCCUUGCAGGAGUUCAUCUUAGCCAUGGGCUUCUUCCUCGUCCUUGUCCUGGAGCAAAUCGUGUUGGCCUACAAAGAUCCUUCGGGCUCCUUGGAAGAGACCGAGGCUCUCCUCGGCUCAGCCUCGCAUAGCUCCACCACCAUCCAGGACCAGGUCUGGCCCGAUGGUCCAUCUCCGCGCCAUGUGCUACCGCCUCGGGACGGCACCACUGGGGAUCGGCCUCAUGUCCAUGUAGAUUUCAAUGCCCAUUCGGCCAUCCGCUCUGUCAUGCUUCUCCUGGCUCUGUCGCUCCACUCCGUCUUUGAAGGGCUGGCCGUGGGGCUGCAGGAGGAGAGCACGCAAGCCCUGGAGAUAUGCUUGGCUCUUCUGAUCCAUAAGGGAGUCAUCGCCUUCAGCCUUAGCCUCAAGCUGCUGCAAGGCCGGCUGCGUCCUCGGGCCGUGGCGGGCUGCCUGGUCCUCUUCUCCAUCAUGUCUCCGCUUGGCAUUGGGCUAGGGGUGGCCCUGACAGAGACGUCCUGGCCCCCCCUGCACCGCCUCUCCCGCAGCGUCCUGGAAGGCUUGGCCACCGGCACCUUCGUCUACAUCACCUUCUUGGAGAUCCUGCCCCACGAACUCAGCUCCUCCGAGCAGCGGAUCCUCAAAGUCAUCGUCCUUUUGGCCGGCUUUGCCCUCAUCACCAGCAUUUUGUUUGUGAAGGUCUAAAGCAGUGGCUCCCAAAGCGUAGUCCUCCAGAUGUUUUGGACUUCAUCUCUCUGAACUCCUGUUGGGGCUUCUGGGCAUUGAAGUCCAAAGCAUCUGAAAGGCCAAUGUUUGAUAACCACUGACCUAAAGCAUGUGUGGGCAACCGCACAAGGCAAGGGGGUGCAUUAAAUCCCCAGAAGACCUUGGAAGGCUUCAUCCCUCUACUUUAAGCCCCAGAAAAAUUAAAAUUAAAAUAGAUACAUAUAUAUUUUGCUAGUUGGGGGUCAUGGAGAGCAUUUUUACCAGAGGAGGCCUUUUAAAACAAUUUCCUGUUGUUAACUAUUUUCUGGUUCACUUCCUAUUUUAAAUAAAAAUAGAUUUCUGCUUGGGCUCAAAUGGCCCUAAAAGGUGGUGAAAAUGCCCCUCAUCGCCUAGAAGGUAUUUGGGGUUGUCUUUUUAAAAAACUAUUUUUGACUGCUGGGGCCCACAAAAAAAUGGCCCUGGAGGCUACACUUUCCUUCCCUCAAUCUAAAAAAUAGCUGGUAUGUUUUGUGUUUGUGUGUGUGUGUAUGCAUCCAGGUGAAUGACACUUUGUCCCCUUGGAGCCCAGAUGAUCAGCCAUUCUGGCUGGAGUGAUGGGAGUUGUAAUCCCUAACACCUGGAAAGCUCUGGGUUGGAGACAACUCUCUUAUAGACCACAUGCGGGCCAUUUGUGGACCUCUAUGUCUUGUUGGGCUGCAACUGCCAUCAUCCCUCUCCGUUGGGUAUGCUGGCUUUGGUGGAUGGGAGCUGUUGUCCUGCAACAUCUGGAGUGCCACAUAUUGCUCAAUCAUGUAUCUGGCGUUUUCCUGCCCCAUUGAUUUCCCACCAUAGAGUAUGGUGUAAUAUUCAUUCCUUUUCCAUAUGGAAAAGGGACUUGUAAUGUUAGAUUUUGUGUUCAAACUAGUGCCAACAAAUCUCGAACGGUGGGCAAAAAAUCCCGCAGGUGGGUCUCCAGGUCUAGCUGUAUUGUGCGGUUCCCUUGUCCCGAAUUAAGAGACGAUCCUAUGGGAGGUAAAGCGCACACCCCUUUUUGUGGUAGAUAACAUUUCACACUAUUUUAAGAAGACACAUUCAAUGCUGAGAAGAAGCGAUUUGACCUGCUGGGUUUCUGACCUAACUGUUGUUCCCGUUUUGGAAAAAUGGAGCUGUUUUUCCUGUUUACAAAUUGAUCCGUUGUGUGUGAGCGAGAGAGUAAGAGUGUGUGUCUGUGUGUCGGGUAACUAGUUUUGUAACUUGUAGAAGUUCCCAGUGCCAAAACGACAGGGCCGCUUCCUCUGGCCAAUGCUUCUCAGGUGGCGACCAUCUUGCCUUAACCUCUUCGGUGCCUUGAACAUUUUUAAAGCGUUGAGUCCUGUGUGGCGAAUACGGAAAUUCCUGCAGAAGUCUUUUUCUGGAUUUGGGAUGCUUUCUUGACCGGUCUGGCGCUCCUGAGACUCUGUGAGACGAGACAUCCUCCAUUUUCUUGGGCCCUGGCAUUUUCUGUAUCAAGGACCAUUUCUUCUCCAAGCAAAUCCUUGUCGGGCUUCUGUGAAAUUUUGAAGCCAUGGUGUCAAGUUGUGGCUUGUGUGGAGUGUGUCAUUUGCAAACAGACUGUUGCCAGGGGCAGAAUCUUCUUUUUGUUGAGCAUCGUGCAUUCAGUCGAGAGAUGUUCACUCAUGUACAUAGCUAGGCAUGUGUCUGUAUUGACUCCAAUUCUGGAAGAAACCAUAGUUUGUACCUGGGACCUGUUACAAGUUUUCCUUGAGUAGAGAGACUCCUUGGGAUGAUACUCUUUGUCUGAUGGUAUUUUGUGGUAUAUGCUGAGUUUCAUUGUCAGAUCAGUAGUUGCAGACAAGUCUGGAUUUUGGAAAGGGGGUAUUUAAGGAAAGAGAAAUGGCACUUGCAGGGCCAAAAACAAGAAGUCAAGAAUGCACAUGUCCUGGGACACUUUCACACUACAAUCAUCCCUCCACAUUCACUGGAGUUAAGGGCAUAGGUUCUCCAUGAAUGUGGAAAAACUGCAAAUAACAAAAACACUGUUUUUACUUAAGAGAAUACCUCUCUAGGAAUCUCUAGGUCCUCCAG